GGCUCCCACUGUGCAUUAGCCUAACUCCCUGUCGCUCUCCGCAUGUGGGUGGGCGUGCAUGUGUGUGUGAGAGGGUAUACAUUGGAUGCAGUGGGUGUUUAAAGAGCUAAGCACUGAAGCUGAAUUUCCACAAACGAUCAUCACGAGCACUCCAGACACACCAAACUUCCUCUCUUGGAUGGAGGAUGAAGCUGUCCUGGACAGAGGGGCUUCCUUCCUCAAGCAUGUGUGUGAUGAAGAAGAAGUAGAAGGCCACCACACCAUCUACAUCGGGGUUCAUGUGCCGAAGAGCUACCGGAGAAGGAGACGCCACAAGAGGAAGACAGGGCACAAGGAGAAGAGGGAGAAGGAGAGAAUCUCCGAGAACUACUCUGACAAAUCUGACGUGGAAAAUGCUGACGAGUCCAGCAGCAGCAUCCUCAAGCCUCUCAUCUCUCCUGCCGCAGAACGCAUCCGAUUCAUCUUGGGGGAGGAGGAUGACAGCCCAGCACCCCCUCAGCUCUUCACCGAACUGGACGAGUUGCUGGCCGUGGAUGGGCAGGAGAUGGAGUGGAAGGAGACAGCGAGGUGGAUCAAGUUUGAAGAAAAAGUGGAGCAGGGUGGGGAGAGGUGGAGCAAGCCCCACGUGGCCACACUGUCCCUUCACAGCCUCUUUGAGCUGAGGACGUGUAUGGAGAAGGGGUCCAUCAUGCUUGACCGGGAGGCCACCUCUCUCCCACAGCUGGUGGAGAUGAUUGUUGACCAUCAGAUCGAGACAGGCCUGUUGAAGCCUGACCUGAAGGAUAAGGUGACCUAUACUUUGCUGCGGAAGCAUCGGCAUCAAACCAAGAAAUCCAACCUUCGCUCCCUGGCUGACAUUGGGAAGACUGUCUCCAGUGCAAGUAGGAUGUUUACCAGCCCUGAUAAUGGUAGCCCAGCCAUGACCCAUAGGAAUCUGACUUCCUCCAGUCUGAAUGACAUUUCUGAUAAACCAGAAAAGGACCAGCUGAAAAAUAAGUUCAUGAAAAAACUGCCACGUGAUGCAGAAGCUUCCAACGUGCUUGUUGGGGAGGUUGACUUCUUGGAUACUCCUUUCAUUGCCUUUGUUCGGCUACAGCAGGCUGUCAUGCUGGGUGCCCUGACUGAGGUGCCUGUGCCCACAAGGUUCUUAUUCAUCCUCUUAGGUCCGAAGGGGAAAGCCAAGUCUUACCAUGAGAUUGGCAGAGCCAUUGCUACCUUGAUGUCUGACGAGGUGUUCCAUGACAUUGCUUAUAAAGCAAAAGACAGGCAUGACUUGAUUGCUGGCAUUGAUGAGUUCCUGGAUGAGGUCAUUGUCCUUCCACCUGGCGAGUGGGACCCGGCCAUCAGGAUAGAACCUCCGAAAAGUCUUCCAUCCUCUGACAAAAGAAAGAAUAUGUACUCAGGUGGCGAGAACGUUCAGAUGAAUGGGGACACGCCCCACGACGGAGGACACGGAGGAGGAGGACACGCCGAUUGUGAGGAGCUGCAGCGAACUGGACGGUUCUGUGGUGGACUCAUUAAGGAUCUAAAGAGGAAGGCGCCAUUUUUUGCCAGUGAUUUUUAUGAUGCUUUAAACAUUCAGUCCCUUUCAGCAAUUCUCUUCAUUUAUCUGGCAACUGUAACGAACGCUAUCACUUUUGGAGGCUUGCUCGGGGAUGCCACUGACAACAUGCAGGGCGUGUUGGAGAGUUUCCUGGGCACCGCGGUCUCGGGAGCCAUCUUUUGCCUUUUUGCUGGUCAACCGCUCACUAUUUUGAGCAGCACAGGACCUGUCCUAGUUUUUGAGAGGCUUUUGUUUAAUUUCAGCAAGGACCAUAAUUUUGACUACUUGGAGUUUCGCCUUUGGAUUGGCCUGUGGUCAGCCUUCCUGUGUCUAAUUCUGGUAGCCACUGAUGCCAGCUUCUUGGUUCAGUACUUCACCCGUUUCACGGAGGAGGGCUUCUCAUCUCUGAUUAGCUUCAUCUUCAUCUACGAUGCUUUCAAGAAGAUGAUCAAGCUGGCAGAUUACUACCCUAUCAACUCUGACUUCAAAGUGGGCUACAACACUUUCUUUUCCUGUGCCUGUGUGCCGCCAGACCCAGUUAAUAUCUCAAUAGCUAAUGACACCGCACCAGCCCCACAAGAAUUGUCAGCUGUCUCUUCUACUGACAUGCAUCAGAAUGCCACCUUUGACUGGGCGUUUUUGUCGAAGAAGGAAUGUUUGAGAUAUGGAGGCAAGCUCGUGGGAAACAACUGUAAUUUUGUUCCUGACGUCACACUUAUGUCGUUCAUCCUCUUCUUGGGCACCUACACCUCUUCUAUGGCUCUGAAAAAAUUCAAGACUAGUCGUUAUUUUCCAACCACGGCAAGGAAACUGAUCAGUGAUUUUGCCAUUAUCUUGUCCAUCCUCAUCUUCUGUGUAAUAGAUGCCCUGGUGGGUGUGGAUACUCCAAAAUUAAUUGUGCCAAGCGAGUUCAAGCCAACAAGUCCAAACCGGGGUUGGUUUGUGCCACCAUUUGGAGGAAACCCCUGGUGGGUGUACCUUGCUGCUGCUAUCCCUGCUCUGCUGGUCACCAUUCUGAUUUUCAUGGACCAGCAGAUCACCGCUGUGAUUGUAAACAGGAAAGAACAUAAACUCAAGAAAGGAGCUGGGUAUCACCUUGAUCUCUUUUGGGUGGCCAUCCUCAUGGUGGUGUGCUCCUUCAUGGCACUCCCAUGGUACGUGGCAGCUACCGUCAUCUCCAUUGCUCACAUCGACAGCUUGAAGAUGGAGACAGAGACGUCUGCGCCUGGAGAACAACCGAAAUUUCUAGGAGUGAGGGAACAAAGAGUCACUGGAACCCUUGUGUUUAUUCUGACUGGUCUGUCAGUCUUUAUGGCUCCCAUCUUGAAGUUUAUCCCCAUGCCUGUACUCUAUGGUGUGUUCCUGUAUAUGGGGGUGGCAUCUCUUAAUGGUGUGCAGUUCAUGGAUCGUUUGAAGCUGCUUCUCAUGCCCUUGAAACAUCAGCCUGACUUUAUCUACCUGCGUCACGUGCCCCUGCGCAGAGUCCACCUGUUCACUUUCCUGCAGGUGUUGUGUCUGGCCCUACUCUGGAUCCUCAAGUCGACUGUUGCUGCUAUCAUUUUCCCAGUCAUGAUCUUGGCACUUGUAGCUGUCAGAAAAGGCAUGGACUACCUCUUCUCCCAGCAUGACCUCAGCUUCCUUGAUGAUGUCAUUCCAGAAAAGGACAAGAAAAAGAAGGAGGAUGAGAAGAAAAAGAAAAAGAAGAAGGGAAGUCUGGACAGUGACAAUGAUGAUUCUGACUGCCCCUACUCAGAAAAGGUUCCGAGUAUUAAAAUUCCAAUGGACAUCAUGGAACAGCAGCCUUUCCUAAGUGAGAGCAAACCUUCCGACAGAGAAAAAUCAUCAACAUUCCUCGAGCGCCACACAUCAUGCUGAUAAAAUUCCUUUCCUUCAGUCACUGGGUUUGCCAAGUCCUCCUAGAACUCCAGUAAAAGCUGUGCCUCAAAUUAGAAUAGAACUUGAGCCUGAAGACAAUGAUUAUUUCUGGAGGAGCAAGGGAACAGAAACUACAUUGUAACCUGUUUGUCUUUCUUAAAACUGUUUUGUUUUUAAUAUUCUAGAUUUUCUUCUUUUCUUUGGUCCAGCUGUUUAUUUUUUAAUUUUUUCUUUGUGGUUUUUGGUCACUGGCCAAAUAAUACAGCACUCUCUCUGCAAUUUUUUAGUUUUUGCAUAGGUAAAAUCAAGACAGUAGUGCAUUGUUCCUUUUUAAAAACAGCAUCUGAGGAAUCCCCUUUUGUUCUUAGACUCUCAGAUGUGUCCUCUGACAAUCGAUUUCCUCUGUCACUCAAGACACGCACAGAUCCUGGCCCUUCCCCUUACUGAGCAGAAGUUUUAUAACACCUUUUAUCAAAAUAUUGAAGGAACUUAUAACUUUAGCUUUGGAGCUGUGCUUACUGGCUUGUCUUUGUCUGGCAGAACAAAGUGUGACCUCCAGACAGAGCCCCCUUCUUGCUUGUAGAGCUCUCCAGGACUGGAAAAAAGUGCUGCUAUUCUAACUUGCUCUUGCUUGUGAACCCUAAUCAUAGUUAUCAAAAGAAAAAAAAAACACUAAAGGUACUUUACUCCCCUUAGAGAAACCAUUGCCAUCAUUGUAGCAAGUUCUGGAAUGUCCCUUUUUCCUAUGCAACUUUUUUUAACCCUUUAAUGAACUUAUCUGUUGAGUACAUUGAAGAAUAUUUUUCUUCUAGAUUUUGUUGUUUAAAUUAUGGGGCCUAACCUGCAACUUAUUUUUUGUCAAUUUUUUAAACUUUUUUUUAAUUACUGUAAAGAAAUGAAUUUUUUCCUGCAGCAGGAAACAUAGUUUUGAGUAGUUCUACCUCUUAUUUGUAGCUGCCAGGCUUUCUGUAAAAAUUGUAUUGUAUAUAAUGUGAUUUUUACGCACACUCACACACACACACACACACACACACAGUCUCUAGGGUAAGCCAGAAGGCUAGAUCUGAUUUAAAACACCAUGUUUCUAAGAAUCCAUUUUUCCCUUUCUUUAAAAAAUUUCACUGUUCUAUGAAGGAGAAUGAGGGAGAAAAGAGGAAGUCCCGUGUAACGGGAAUGACUGCUGUUCUGCGCAUAGUCGCAUCUGGGCACAGAUGCCGAGUGUAUUACCAUGUCAGUGUCCUAUGCAGUAUUGUUAGACAUUUGUUCAUCCUGCAAUAUUUGUAUGUUUGUGUAUAUGCUCUGUGUGUGGCUGGUGCACCUGCGUGUAAAAGUUAAAAAGUAAGAAUAGUGCUAGACGGAGGGUAAGGUUGGCGAAUUUCUUGUGUCAGUUUUCAUAAAAUCUAAACCACACAUGAAGUCCAUCUGGAGGGGUCCAAGAAAUUUACCACUAUGCAAAUGAGAGUGAAUAUAUUUUAUUACCCAGAUAUUAGGCACCUUCAUUGAUACAGGAGCCCAUAUUUACAAAACAAAAUUCAUGGGACUAUUAGCCCAUCAAUAAAGAAGAUCACUCACACAUCUAUGAAGUGUUAUGGGACUACAGAUAGAUUUGCAAAGGGUGUGCCCCUACAGUUUAACAGGAUACUCACACAUGAUUUUUAGGAUGCAAAGGCAAUUAGUCUUUGUGAAUGGAACAUGUAGAUUAUGCAUAUGUGCACGUAUAUAUGCAUAUGUGUUUCAGAGUACUGUGUUAAAUAGUAAACCUUUAUUAAUCAAAUUCCAUAUAGUACUUAAAUGUAAUAUUUUAAUAGGUAACUUACGUAUUGUACAUAUAUAUUAAAAAUAACAUUUUAAAUGUUGGAAUAUAAUUUUGGACUCAUUUAACUAUAAUUGUGCUGUAUUUCCACUGUAAUAGAUUCUUGGAGGCAUCCUAGAAGCAGAAUGAAACCAGUUAUUUUGGUUUCAUAAUAUGUACUUAUUGAAUCCCAUUACGGUUAUAGUAUUUAAAUUGUAAUUCUGUCUCCUUGAAAUUUUGAUUAUGAAAAUUUUAUUAUCCUCACCUGUUACUUCUGUAGUAUUUGAUAAUGUUAAAACUUUUAAUUUUAUACAAAUCAGACACAAAUGACCCCAAUUUUUUCAUUAAAAUCAUAAUGGUGAAUUGAGUAUUACUGUGUUAAAAUCUCACAUGUUGAAUUUUGGCAUCCCAUUUUUCUAUUAAGAGCUAUACUUACAACGGUUAUUCUAUAUUAUGUAGUUUUCUACUACACUAAUAUAAAACCAUGUAAGAAAAGCCUUUCCAAUUUUCUUUACUGGCAGAAGCAUCGAUAAAAUGCUUAAAAGCCAAGCAUAAUAAAUUCAGCCUAACCUAUGAUCUUACUAAAGACACUUUUGUUUACUUUUAUAAAAGCUCUAGAUAAAAUAUUUUUUUUUCUGAUCAUGAAUUGUUUAUCCCUUUCAAUGAACUCCUGCAGCAACUUAACUAUCACUUAAGCCUUUGAGGAGAUUAAAGAGCUACCUGUCCCCCCAGCUAUGACCCAUACUCUGUGAUUGAAGGUUAAUAUUCACAAUAUAUAAUCAGGAUCAUACCUCAGACUUCCUCAAAGGAAUAAUUCCUAUCAAAGCUUUCAAUAUUCUGGAACCUAGGGAAGUUUUUAAAAAUCAUACUUCAAGAAGAAUCAGAGCCAAACUUAUAAGCAAAACCUGAGGUCCAUAGAGAGCCAACAACUUACUUAUAAUUUAACUGGAUUUAAAAUCUCACCAGAUUUCAGGGGUGGUUUUGAUUCUAUGUAAACUGGACACAAAUAUUACAGUAAAUUUUUUUGUAAGUGUGAACUCAGAGAUAAAAAGCUCAAGUUGCUUGAAGACAAGACUGAGUGUACUCAGAGCGGUUAAUGGAUAUUUUUGGUGGAAGAACCUCAUUUUUGGAAGCAAAGAAAUGACUAGGCCAAGAGUCUGCCUUAUCCAAGGAGCAUAAGUGCCUCUGGUUUUUGCAUUUGAGAGAAGAUCUCUUGGAAACACUGUUUUCCUUGAAAAAGUCACUUAUCGAUACUGUGUGAAACUACUUAGAAUCUUAAUUUAUUUUGUGUGCCAUAGGCAGUAGAGUUGCCACUUCUUCCAGUGAAGCAUGGAGGUGGGGGUGUGGGGGGCACUACUUCAAGAAGUAGGAGAACAAAAACCUCUCCCGUCUCCCUUGGCCUCAGAGAAUGGGGAGAAAAUAAUUGCCUGCUGUCAGUAAUUCAAUUUUUGUGUAUUUUAUGCACAUGCAACACCACACACAGAGUAGAUAUUUUAUCAGCUAUAUAUAUUGGUGUUUAAUAUAGAGAAUGAUUGUCUUCCACAUUUUUAGUUCUUUUUUUAAAAACUGUGUUAAAGUACUUGAAAUGUAUUGACUGCUGACUCUCUUUAAAAACAAAAACAAAAACCCUUGAGUUGUAUUAUGGAGGUUGACAUUGUUCAGGAAUGGGACAAAGCUUUCUUCACUCCUUUCCAUAUCACUUAAAGAUUUUGAUUCAGGAACCAGAAAUAUUGUUAUUUCUAUUCCAGGAUAUUUCAAACCUGCUCUUCAAAGCAUAAGCAUGAAGUCCAUUGGCGCCAAGCGGCUGAAUAUACUCAAAUGGAACUCUAUAGCAGCACUUCACUUACUGAAGAGCCUUAAGAGUUUUCAAAUGAUGAUUUCAUUAUCUUCAUUGAGGCCUGAAAUUAAAAAAAAAAAAGAAAUAUGUGCUGAUCAGUCCAUUUGUGUUUUGACCAGCAAUCUGGACAUGUCCUGUUUCUUGGCUCAUUUCAUUGUGCUCUAAGAGUGCAUCCAAAUAUCUUGAAUUCUAUUUCUUAGGCAAAUAUUGCAACUCAGGGCUGAAGUCCCCCAGUGAAACUUGUAGAGCCAGAAGUAACUUUGUCCCACUCCUACAAUGUGAAGAGAAUGAAGAGUUGCUUCUUUUUUGGCCAUCGUCAUGGCUGGCACUUACCAUACACAUUACUUUUUAGAAUCAAUACGCACUUUCAGAUAGUCUUAUUUUUAUUCUCUUAAGUCUUUAUUAACUUUGGAGAAAUGAUGCAUCUUUUUAUUUUAAAUGAAGUAGAUCAACAUGGUGGAACAAAAUGAUAAGAACAGAAAACAUUUCAAUAUAUUACUAAUAAUUUUUCCAAUAUAAAACCUAAAAUUCCUAUAACAUUAUAGUAUUUUACAGUUUUAUGAAGCUUUCUAUUGUGACUUUUAUGGAAUUAAGAGAUGAAGAAGAUGAGAUAUUUUAGCAUUUAUAUUUUUCAAAAUUAAAUGUAUACUUAAAAUAAAGUAACUUUAUGCAUU